UUGCAAGCAAUUAACUGGGCGUCAAGUGUUGACCAACUGCGUGAGCUUCACUUGAAUCGAGAAAUUAUCAAGGUGCUGAACAUCGAUAUGUGGAAUUGCAUUGUGACAUUCUCCCAGCUGCUUGGGAUGUCCAAGCGAAGUGUGUUGAAAGUAUUUGUUGAGGCGCCAGUCGAAGAGAUUUCGCGUUCCCCGCUUUUUCCGCCGAUUACCGAUUUCGCAAUGUUUGCUUAAUUCCCGAAGCGUGCGCUCAUUGAAUCGAACCAUUUCCGCCUUUCGCUUGCAACUGCCUGACGAUAACGAUAACAAUGACGAUGGCCAAUACGAUGCCGAUGCCGAUGCCGAUGACGAUGACGAUGACGCUGACGAUGACAACGACGUAGAACUAGCCAGCGGCAAAAAGUAUAGCAAUACCAUGGCCAGACGUAGACCCAAAUCAGCCUUGAUUGAGCUCCAAUCGACGCAGGGAAGCGUCAUGUUGUUGUCGCUGUCUUUGCAAUAUGUAGAACAAAACGCAACAACAAGAACAACCUACUCAAUUAACCCAAUGCGAUUUUUGGCCAAGAAUAACAACUCCAUUAAAAAGCGAGUAAAAAACGGGCUUCAGUUCAUCUAAUUUAACAGGGGAAACAAGCACUAAAAGUUGUUAAAACACCGACAUUUUUAAUAUUACCGGUCCGAAAAAGUACGCGAAUCUAUUGCCAGAAGCAAGUAGAACGAACAAAAGCACAUUGAAGCCCAACAAGAGAGCUUGAAACUGACGAAAAAGUUGCUAACAAUUUGCUGGUGCUGUUCACAACAACUGGAACUACAACAACAGCAGCAACAACAACAACCACAACAACCACAACAACAACAUCACGAACAAGUGUCGCCGUUUCUUAAUGCAAAACAACCAUUCUGUGAUAUCUUAAGAUCCAAAGAUGACAUCGUUAACCUUGCACUUGAUAGUGAUAACGCUGCUGGCGGCGGCAGCGAUUACAGCAGCAGCAGAGGGAGCGGCUACACGCUCGCCUGUGCAGCGUGGCAGAGGAGCAGCCGGCGGCGCGACAGCCCCAUCGACAAGCAGCACGCAGGCACCAACAUUGCGAGCGCCACGCCAGCGGCGUCCGCCCACAACGGUGUCCAUUGACGAUGGCAACGGUCGCCGCGGCAGCUCCACCUUCACCUCCACCACGCCGCUGCCGGCAACGCCACGACAGCAGCGACGUCGUGGCACCACAACAACAUCAACAACAACAACGACAACGGCAACAACAACGACAACUGUGGCGCCAGCAUCUGCCGGCAGCUAUGUACGCACCAGCGGCAGCAGCCGUGGCAGCAUCAGAGCCGCCCGCCAGCCACGCGACACGCCAACGCCAACGCUGGGCGAGCGCGAGGGCAGCGCUGGCAGCGCUGGGAGCGCCCGCAACCCGCGGCUCCAGUCACAUCAAGCGUUGUCAUCGGCGUCCUCCAAUCCACUCGCCGUCUUCAACGCUUCGUCGCGCAGCGGCGCCGUCGUCGGCGCCCUCAAAACGCCGCGUAUGAUCCAGCGCCUGGUGGCUGGCCACAUUCACAACGCGCAGGGCCACUCUACCUAUGAGGUGUCUGCGGUGAGCGCCAACAGCAGCAGGAGCAUUGCAAUAGCAACAACAACACAACCGACUACAACAACAACAGCAAAAAUUCCAGGCACGAGAACAACACGACGAAAGGCGAGCAGCACUUAUCGUCUGGCCAGACCGUCGCCAUCGCCAGCGCCAGUGGCAGAGCGGGACCAGGACGAUGACGAGGCGCUGCUCAAUGAGCCGGAUGACUUUGACAACUGGGACAAUGGCAUACUGCGGCUGAGUGCAGGGUCUGGCAAGGAGGAGGCGGAGGCAGCCAGCGCCAAAGGGCACGGCAAGCAGAGCAAGGAGGAUGCCAAGAAGACGCUCGCGGAUCAGGUGCGCGAUGGCAAGUACGGUCUGAUAGAGAAGGAGCUCUUUCGUCGCGUGCCCAAGCGUCCGGGCGUGCUGAGCUAUGCCCGCAACUCAGAGGUGCCACUGGACAAUGAGCGCAACUUUGGUGGACUCAGCGAGCAGGACAUUUGGCUGGCCGAGGAUCACUUGCUGGUCAUCAAAGGCGGCGGCCUAAAUGAGGCCGAGGAGGGCGAUGGCGCUGAUGCGUGGCCAGCCAUUGACGAUUACGAUGCGCCGCCCCGACAGAUCAAGCUGCCAGCGAAUCCCGUGGUGCCGCCUCCAUUUCCCGUGCAGCUCGAGCCGCAUGGGCCACUGCAGCUUAUCCGAGAUAAUCAAAUCGAGGGCCUCCAUACGGCAGCAGGCAAUGCAACGCUUUCCGCUGUGGGUCAGCACGCGUCCCACGGCCAAGUCCACGGAGCUGCCCACGGCCCGGGGUCGCAUCCUGCUGCCCGGACGGGAGCGAUUGCGUCGGCUAAGGCAGCUGACCCGGAGCCCAGCUACGUCUACCCGACGCCCUAUGCGCCCUGGCUGCUCUUUAACAACGAGACGCCGGCCCAUUCGCCUGCCAGUCCGACGCCCAACGCUGUGCUAAGGACUCCGUUGCUUGGCCCCUGGAUAAUCAAUGGCCUGCACGGUAAUGGCAAUGCCUCCGGCCCGGGCGCCCUGCACGGCAACAUCAGCGACUUUGACGAAGACGAUCCCUCGCUGUACUAUCCGCCGGCGUACAACUUUGUGUACAGGAGCAACUAUUCCAAUCCGGUGCCGCCGGGUCCGCUGGUUCCGGGCAUUGUGCUGCCACCGCCGCCAGACCACUUCAGUCUGCUGGAGACGACAACGCGACGUCCCUUCACCACUUCGACCAGCAGCACCACCAGCAGCACCACCAGCAGCAGCAGCACCACAACCACAAGCACAACCACCACAAGAGCUCCACCGUCGCGGCUGUCGGUCAAGUAUAAUUCCAUUGGCUACCUGCCGCCCGCGCCGCGUCAGCCCAACAAGUAUGUGGAACGCGUGCCAGUGCCAGUGGCCGUGCCCAUACCCAUUUAUCCCGUCAACUAUCAGCCGACGACGCCGCGGCCGCAGCCAGCCGCACAGCUGGUCUUUGUGCCCAGUUCCAGCAGCACGGAACGCAGCUUGAGCGCUGGGGAGAGGGAAAGGGAGAGGGAGAGGAGCAGGGAACGGGAGCGAGAUCGGGAGCAGGCACCGCUCUCGAAAUCAAAUCCGAUUUACUAUGAAUACUUUGAGGCGAAACGGCAGCCAUCCUCGCUCAAGUCCAAUGUGAUCAAUGACUUCCUGGGCACCAAGCCGCCCAAGCGGCCGCAUUACAAAUCCCCGCCGAGUCCCGUCAACGAUGUCGCCGUGGUGAGCAUCACGCCCAAGCCUCGUGCCCAGCUGCACUCGGAAUACGACGCGGCUCUGGGCCAACUGAUCAGAAGCAAUCUGAUCGCGCCGCCUUCGACGGGCCGCUUCCAGCCGCCCGACUUCGACAGACAGCCCUUUCUGCCCAUGGUCAACUACAGCGCCGACGAGCAGGACCAGGAUGCCUUCAAGGCAAUAGUCUAUCAGCCCCAGCCCCAACAGCAGCCCCAGCAGCAGCAGCUGCAGCGCCAGCGCCAGUUGCGAGUGGGCAAGCAUCAGCAGCUGCAGCUACAACUGGAGCCAACCAUACAGCCGGCGCAGGACCAGGACUCAUAUCUGCCGGACUCGCUGCUGUUGCAGCGUCAGCGCCAACUGCGGGUGGGCAAACAGCAGCUCCAGCUGCAGCUACAGUCGCCUUCGCCUGCGCCUGCGCAUGCGCCGUACGAUGGCCAGCAGGGCGUUUACAGUACGCCCCUGCCAGCCACCUAUUUGGACAAUCAGCUGCAGCCACGGCCGGCCAAAUACCAGCUGCGUCCGCCAGCACCCGCGCCGCUGCAGUUCUGGCAGCGUCCCGCUGCGCCGCCGCCGCCAGCGCCGCCGCCGGCGCCACAGUUCAAGCGUUUGCGCCACGGCAGCGCCAAGCAUUCGUAUCCGCCGUACUUUGUGCCCAGCUACCCGAGCGGUCCCGGACCGGAGCCCCUGUAUCGUCUGCUGCCCGUGCAGCAGCACAAGCACUGGCGGCAGAGCAACAAACAGCAGCAACAGCAGCAGCAACAGAUUCAAGUGCAACCGCAGCCACAGCAGCAAUAUUAUCCCGAUCGUGGCGUCAACAUUGGCCACAGCCUGGCCAGCGACAUUUUGGUCAACUACAACAGCAACAAUCAGUUCAAUCCGCAGGCGGAGCUGGUGCCUCAGGCACAACUGGGCCCCCCGCCUCUGUCCUACCAGGCGCAGAACGGCGGCCAAGCAUCGCUCUGGUCGGACAGGCCGGUGCGACAGUCGCGCGCACAGCUGCAGGAGCAAGCCUAAAGGAACAAGGAAGCAAGGAGCACGAUACGAAACAGGAGAUUUAGGAGCCAACGACAAUCGUCGAUGUCAGUGUCAAAAUGUGAUCUUAAAGAACAGCCGUUAGCCGAGCCAAUCCCGCAAUCGCAUCCAGGCAAAUCCACAGACGACGGAGCUGGUUAGAUAUGAAAUAGUCAAUGCUACACAGUCUAUAGACGAUGCUGAAAGUGUACAGAAGUGGGAUGUUUCAAUACUACGAAUCCCAUUUGGCAAGUGGAAUCAGCGCAAUUACUUUAAUUUCAUUCAAAUCAUUCGGUACGUCUGCAGCCCUGGCAACGAGCACCCUCUACUCAACUAUAAUUAUUAUGAAUACAGCUCUGGUCACAUCUGUCUUUUGUUUUGCAGCCCAAUCGAAUACAAGAACAAUAAUCACGCACUAUUAUUAUUUUGAUGUGGCCAAAUUGCCUGGACAAGCUAUGUAUGCUACAUACAUACAUACAUACAUACCACAUAUUUAUACAUACAUACAUUUUUAUAAAGCAUAGCUAUAUACACAUAUACAUUGCGGAUUACGAAUGUAUUCAUAUUGAUAAACUUGUGUAAAUACGUUAAGGAUACGACAUGUACGAGUUGUGUACGCCAAAUAAACGAGUAACGCGUUAUUUGGGCGCCUACACAAAACUUAGUCUUUAAAGGGGCAACAGUUUAGGUUCCGUAAAGGUUCCGUUGUCCUACUUAGCAUCUAAAUUGUGCAGCAAUAUGCAUACAAAAAAUCAUGAAUACUGUUUUAAACUAUCCUGUUUAUAAGCUUAUCAAAUAACCAUAAUUAACUACGUUUUUUUUUUUAUUUAUUUAAAUAAGCUCACUUCCGAAUGAUUUUCAAGUUACAUAUAGAAUUGUCAGCUAAAUUCAAACGCAAAUUUGUAUAAAAGCCAUAAUAAUAAGUUCACUAUAAAUUCAUUUGAAGCACAUGUGCAAAUAGCAGAGCUUCAAGUGAAACCCAAUCAAUAAAACGAAUAUAGAAAACAAUAAUAGGCAGCAUAUAUAUAAAUACAUAUAUAUUAUACAUUUUGUAUGUAUAUUUUUUUUUUGUUAGCUAUAACAAAAUUGUUUACAAAUAAGC